AUGGCCUCAACUACAGACUCCUACGUCUUACCUUACCCAUCCUAUUUCACCCGCGCGAAGAACGGACUCCUCAUAUCUGCAUUAAAGACCGUGAUAACACCUCUAGGAUGGAUCGAUGAAGCAAACCAGUAUUUCUGGCCUCCCGAAAUCCGACCUGACAUUGUCAAAACCUACGAGCCGCGAUCCUAUCUACCCGUCCGCCUGUUUUUCCCCCACAGUUACGACCAAACCUCAAAUCAAACCCUACCCCUCGUCUACAGUAUUCAUGGCGGUGGUUUCGUUCUUGGCGCGCCGCGCGAUUCGGAUGAAUGGAACCGGCGCUUCGCAGAUAUGCACAAUGUCAUGGUAGUGGCGUUGAACUACACGAAGGCGCCCUUUUGGGCUACCUUCCCAAACCAGGGACUGGACUUGGAAGCUCUCAUACACGCCGUGUACGAUGAUGAAAGCCUGCCCAUCGACAAGAACCGUAUCGCCAUCACUGGUUUCUCGGCUGGCGGAAACCUUGCGCUGAGCGUUUGUCAACUCCCCUCGAUCCGCGAUAGAAUCAAGCCGUCAGCCGUCAUACCGAUUUAUCCCCCGGUGGAUAUGAGUAUCAACGUGGAAAGACUUGCGAGGCGGUACUACAAGCCGGAGCUCGGCGAGGGCCCACGAGCAGCGAAGACGGACACUUUGGCGUCAAUGGCUUCUCUGUUUGACUGGAGUUACAUACCGUAUGGGCAAGACCUGCGCGAUCCUCUUUUGUCGCCUGUUUUCGCCACGCGAGCUGCCCUCCCUCCUUAUGUCUACGUGGUGGCCGCCGAGUUGGAUCAACUCGCACAUGAAGCAUGGCGUUUGGCAUUCCAACUCUCUGGGCGGCCAGAGCCGACCCCUGACAACAAGGUUGGCCAGGAAAAGCCGGCGAAAGAACAGGGGCAUUUAAUUCUAGACGAUGAAAGAUUUGCAUUUCAGCAUACUGAUGACCGUGGCUCUGUCCAGUGGCUGCUCGUCCCUGACCAGAUCCACGGAUUCGAUCACAUGAGGGAGCGCAUGCAGGGAUCUCAGGGGUUUCAAGAUGCUCUAUUGAAGACGGUUCAGUAUCAACAGAUUCUGGGUGAGUGGCUACGCGAUGUGGUAUGGAAAGAUGAAAGAGUCGUCGGCACGAGCAGCUAG